AUGGCGUCCUCUGUAAUCGACGCUCGUCAGAGUCCCCCUACUUACAUGAUAAAUAAACUAGGGGUACCACAGGGUUCACGACUGCGGCCAAAGAAGUUAGUGAAAGAUUGGAAGAUAAGAGCAGGUACGUGGAACGUUGGCACUCUAACAGGAAGACUGAGGAAGAUAGUAGAUGGAGAGGAGGAAGACAGAUUUCUUUUAUGGGCAGGAGACUGGGUGGAAAGAGAUUGGAAUUGGAGAGAUAGGAAAUGGAUGGGGUGCCAAGAGCAAGAGAAAGAAUUACCUAGGCAAGAGUUUGAGGCUGUCAUUAGAAAGGUGAGGGAGGAGAAGAAACUAAUAAUAGGAGUUGAUAUGAUUGGCAGGGUGGGAAAGAGAAGAGAUGGGUAUGAGAAGCUUCACAGAGGCCAUGUGUUUGGAACUAGAAAUGAACUUGGGAACUAUAAAUUGGAGAUGGCUCAGAGUUUUAAAUUGGCAUGUAUGAACACAUGGUUUCAGAAGUUGGAUGAGUACUUGGUAACAUAUGAAAGUGGAGGAGUGCAAGGCCAAAUUGAUUACAUCCUGGUUAGAGGAGCCAACAAAAGCACUGUGACAAACUGCAAAGUGAUCCUAGGAGAAGCAUGUGUUAAACAGCAUAUUUGA